AUGUUCGCUGCAGCCACUAAGAACUUUGUGAAGCAGGUUGGAGACACCGGGAGGUUGAUCCCCGUCCCGAGUCUGAGCGAGGCCGACCGGUAUCAGCCCCUCAGCCUGGUCACCAGGAAGAGGAAGAGGCACUUCUGGAAGAAGAACAAGUACGCCUCGACCGCCUUCUCCCUGAAGGACGUCCUGGUCGGGGAGAAAGAGAUCACAGCAGGAGUGUCUUCUUAUCAGCUCCUCAACUACGAGGACAAAUCUGACGUCGCCCUCAACGGCCGUUUAGGAAACCACCUCAUCAACGACGUCGGCUUCAACAUCAGCGGCUCGGACUCCGUGGCCGUCAAAGCCUCGUUCGGCAUCGUCACCAAACACGAGCUGGAGGUGCCCACCUUACUGCGAGAGCUCAACUCCAGGAAGGUGGACCUGGACCACUGCCUGGUGCGUCAGUCUAAGGAGAGCGGUCGGACCGUCCUCUGUGUGGUUGUGGAGAGCAUCCGAACCACACGGCAGUGCUCUCUGACCGUCCACGCCGGGAUGAGAGGAACCACCAUGAGGUUUCAGAUCGACGACGGCAGGAAUCCCAAAGGUCGAGACAAGGCCAUCGUCAUCCCGGCUCACACCACCAUCGCCUUCAGCAUCUGCCAGCUGUUUGUUCGGCUGGACGGGCGACUCGAUAUCUGUGUAGCUCCGGGGUCUCAGGGAGGAUUUGAGCGGGAGCAGAUCAGGGAGCAGCUCGGUGGUUACAUCGGUCACUUCUCCAUGGGUCGACUGCGCCGGUUCCUGUCUGGAAUCAUCUACGGAAACCCCUUCAGAGCAGAAAACCAAACAUUUGAGGAGCUCACGCAGUCCGACACAUACAUGGACGACAUGGUUACCGACUACUACGAGAAGGCCGCCAGCAUGACGGACGUGUCCACUACUUAUCUGAGAGAGAGCUCCCACACAAGGGUCAACCUGCUCAAACACAACAUCCCCAAGGGGCCAUGUGCGCUCUGCGGCAUGGGCAACCAGAGGCGGGAAACCGUCUACGGCUGUCUGGAGUGCACGACCGGGGGCCAGAAAUACGUCCGGCUGCACGUCGUGCCCUGUUUUGACCUCUGGCACAAAACGCUGAGGUGA